AUGAUGAAAACAUUCCCACAGAUACCCGUAGAUAUGGUAGCAAAUGUGAUGCUCGCAGCUGCGGAAGAACACACUGGCGAUACAAAUACCCACACAGUGUACCAUGUUGGCUCAUCUCGUCGCAACCCGAUGACAUUAAAACAGUUUCGAGACGUCGUGAUUCGUUAUUUUCUCGAAAGCCCUUUGAUCGGACACAAAAGCAUGCCCAUAGUCGCCUCCAACGUUAAGAUCCUAUCUUCUAUGACUUUGGUCACUCUCUACAUGUUCCUUCGUCAUAAAUUACCUUUACAGAUAUUGCGAUUGGCAAGUAUGAUUUGCCCAUGGCGAUAUGGAGAUGAGUAUAUACACAAGAGUCGCAAAGUGAAGACGAUAAUGAGAUUGGUGGAACUAUACAAGCAUUAUGCACUCGUCAAGCUCGUAUUUGACGAUAAAAAUGUCGAGAAACUACGAAUCAAAAGAAAGAAUGUAACCAAAGAGAUGGGAGUAUCUUUAGGCAUCGACCCCAAAUGCAUUGAUUGGGAAGACUAUUUCAUGGCUACGCAUAUCCCAGGCCUCAUUACUCACGUACUCGAAGAACAAACUACAAAUAAAAAGUAUUAUUAA